CAUCCAUUCACUGACCUGACUCUUACUCUUCACCACGAAACCUCCAGUGUCUUGCACUACACAGCAUGGCCAAUAUGGCAUCAUCACGCUCCCACUCCUCCAUCCUGCUCUUCCUCCUCGCCCUCAUCCCCUUCACCACAGCCCAAAUCACCAUCGACUCGGACGCCCAAACCACCGCAUCACCCUCAGUCGAAACCAUCUCCCUCAUCGAUGCCAGCGGCAUUCCCAUCACCACAGCGUCAGCCCUCGAUAACAACGCCUGGUUCAUUCCCUUGACCGGACCAGCCAGCUCCCCAACCGGCGCCUCCUGGGGCGCCCAAGUCCAAUACGACAAUGACCUCGCCGAGAUGCUCCCCAUCGCCUUCGGCACCACCACCACAACCUCCACCUCCACAUCCACCACCAGCACAUCCACACCCACGACCGCAACCCUCCUCUCCGCCGGCAGCCCCAGCUCAGAAACCGGAACCCUCGAACUCGAGCUCCCGCUACCCACCUCCAACACCCUCCUCCUGGGCAAAGACACCACCCUAACCAUCACCUCCCCGAACACCACCAACACCACCACCCUCUCCACCCUGCCGGUAGGCAUCAACCUCGGCCUCGCCAACCACUGGAACGGCUCCCUCGUCCUAGGCGGCAACUACGACUCGAACCGAAUCUACAACGAACCCCACUGGCAAACGACCCCCGAAACCAGCUCCAACAACUCCACCUUCAUCACUACCGGCCUCCAAUCCCUCUCCGCCGUGACCCUAAACCUCUACACCACCCCCAACACCACCACCACCACCUCAUCCUCCUCCUCUUCCGAAUUAUACCCCUUCGGCACCUCAACCCUCCAAUCCAGCACCACCCCCCUCCCCGCCCUCCUAAACUUCACCUCCGAAACCAUCACCGUCCCCUCGCUAUCCUGGUGUAACCGGAACAUCUCCAUCAUCUUCAACCCCACCGAGGAGGCGUAUCCGGAAUUCGACAUCCCGAUCUGGGGGGAUUUGAUACCCGCCGGGGAGCGGUGCGUGGUCAUGGAUACGGGUGUUGUUGUGUUAGGAAGGCCGUUCUUUCAAGCGGCGUAUUUGUAUGUCGCUGCGGAGGGGAAUGUGUAUUUUAGUUCGGUCACCAGGGAGGAUAGACCGGUGGUGACGAGGGAGUUUGAUUUGCAUGUGAGGUUGUCGGAGGCUGUGGAGGGGACGGAUAUGGGGGUUAAUGGGACUGGGUAUGGGUAUGGGGGUGGGAAUGGGACGGGGUAUGGGGGGAAUGGGACGACGGCGGGGGGGAAGGGGGUGGUGUCGGGGGCGGCGAUCGGGGUGAAAGGGAGGGGUUGGGGGGUGUUGACGGCGGUGGGGGUUGUGGUUGUUGUUGUGAAUGGGUUUUUUACUCGAGCCCUAAAUCCCUCUCAUUCUAGGAGAACAAACCUGCGUUGA